CUUUCAACUGGUGCUGGGAACUUAGGUGUUUUGAUUCCGAAGAUUGCUUCUCUACUACGCAGGUCUGCGACAAUAAAGAACCCAUCAGUUCGGCUGCGAAAUUUGUUCCGCGACUUUUGGUUCUGCUGUACAGUACUCGGAUUUAAUGUCGCCCAGAUAGGUCUUUGGCCAGAAGAGUGGUUUGAUGCUGCUUGUGAGAUCGCUUGUAAGUCUCCUAUACUCAUACCUCAAGAGAGUCUGCGUGCUGAACUUGUUGCAAAUGCUACGAUCAAAAGCGGCAAUGUGUUAUCGGUUA